AGCUUAUUCGUGACGGUCGUACAGUACAUUUAAAAGUCUCUCUUCUGAUAACACUUAUACAAACAUCAAUAAUCAACACAAUUUUAAGUUAUUGGAUCAUUAAUUAGAACUCCUACCUACGUAAUAUUAAAACGGGGACGAAAUCACUUUAUAUAAGACCAACAACGGCUGGCAAUCACCAGUUCACUAGAUACCUUUUGGCGAACCAUAUCUAAACUUAUUUAAAUUUUUAUUCGAGUAAGAUUACAAUGAAGAUAAGUCUAUACUUAAGUGUACUUCUCUUGGCAUUAGUCAUCAAAAUCGUAAUAGCUAAUGUUAGACUGCAGCGUUCGCCUCAACAAUACUGUGGCUCUAGAUUAGCAGACAUCAUGAAAAUUCUGUGUAAAAACAAGUACAAUGGACCAAAUGGACAAAAAAGAAACCAAAUUGAAUCAGAUGUAUGGGAUUACAAAGACCAAGAAGACUACAAUGCAAUUGACUUCCCAUACCAGCCUAAGAAAGAAGCAAUGUCAUUCAUGCCAGCACGCAUCCAACGCGCUUUUAAAAGAAGUAUCAUCGAUGAAUGCUGUCACAGACCCUGCUAUUUAUCUGAAUUAAAAACUUAUUGUGCAAAUUAAUAAUAAUAGAUUUAUUAUACAUAUGUUACAUGUUUUUAGACGCUGAAUAAAGUUGUAACUAUUAUUA